UUCAGACCCUGAUAUCGCAUCGCUCCAUCUGUUCUCUCGCAGCCUUCUUUCGUUCUGCUCUCUCUUCGCCUUCUUCCUUGUUCUUCCAUGUCUGUGAUUUUCCUUCUUUCUUUUCUUUUCUCUUUGAAUCUUACUAUGCAGAGACACCGAAUAUGCAAUUUCUUUGAUGAAUUGGUGUAACCACGUCAUUUGAGAUUCAAUACAGAUCACAAACACAUACCAUUAUCACUCACUGAGUCCGACUCCGACUCUAUUGUACUACUUUCUAUUUUCAUACCUGUAGCGCUUCUGGAUAUAAUGAUGAGAUUUGGUGGGCGAGGCCAGCAAUGUCUCGGUGGUUCUCAUCUGAUUGGUCUGAGUCCAAUCACAUACAGACAUCCUUUUGUUACCCUAUUUUCUUUCCUCUUUAUUCCUCGUUUUGCUCAUCUGUGGAGUGGAUAUCGAUUCAGGCGGUUUUUGCUUUGUCCUACUUUAGCCAUGUUUGUUAACUAGAAUACGCUUCGAUUGCGAGAAUCGCAGCAAAAGAAAUUGAUUUUUUCGGAUGCUUCUCUUCCUCUUCUUUUAACCUUUGUGCGGUUCAAGAAUGAAGAACGAUGGGAUGGUAUCAGAGAGUAAGCCCAGAUUGUCUUCCCUUGAGCAACGGCAAAAAGCCUAGCUUGAGAACAGCAACAACCUCAGCAUCCAAGGAAGAUAACUGCAACAACAAUAUCGACAAUGGAAGAACUAUCCCCAACGGCGGUGGAUUCAACGGCACUAGCACAAGCACAAGCACUUGCACCAGUUAUGACGCAGGAGCUAAGGGCCUUAGAUUCAGAUCUCCAUCUAGAAAUCAGGAUCUUCACGUCAACAACCAUCAUCUAUCUCACUCCGGUGCUAGUUGUGCACCUGCAUCUCCAUCUCCCACCUCAGAGAACAACCAUCAUUAUAGCAGCCAGAGCCAGAGACGCGACACCAGUCCAAGCCCCAGUCCUAGCCCCAACCGUGGGGAUGUGCUUUUGCAGUGGGGCCAUAAGAAGAGGUCAAGGGUGUCAAGGACCGAGAUCCGUUCUGCCACCGUCAUUAUCACUGAUGAUUCUUCUUCAUCAUCAGUUCAAGGGAGGCAACCUAUCAACAAGCUACAGAGGAGAGCUCUUAGUGCCACCAUGCCGCCACCUCCACUGCCGCCUCCUCAUCCUUCGAGUGCCUCUUCUAAUAAUAACAGCAGCAGAGCUUCAAAUCUUAGAAAUGGGGUGUUUACUGGCAGCGAAACUUCCGGAUUCAUUUCUAGCAGGACUUUAGAAGAGAAAUCAGCUGCCACAAUUGGAUCACCGUCCAGAAAUGGGGGCACUAAUGGCCGUGUGAUUUCUAGAUCUGCAGCAGGAAAACGAACCUGUGCUUCUCCAGACAAGGCCACUAAAAAGACAUCCUGUUCUGGGUCAACUAAAGAUGCAAAACAAAAUGGAUCCAUUGGACAAUCUGAUCGAAUGAAGCAAUCCGAUUCUGCUUUGGUGCAAUCAGAACAAGAAGCUGGUGUUUCUACCAUCGCUUCAGUGGCUGGACCUGAGAAAGUGAAUAUUGAAACCAUGGAGUGGCCUAGGAUUUACAUUGCGCUGUCAAGGAAGGAGAAAGAAGAUGAUUUUUUGGCUAUGAAAGGCACAAAGCUUCCUCAUAGACCCAAGAAAAGGGCUAAAAACGUUGACAAAGCUCUCCAGUAUUGUUUUCCUGGAAUGUGGUUAUCUGACUUGACCAAGAGUCGGUAUGAGGUUAGAGAGAAGAAAUGUGUGAAGAAGGUAAUGCCUCUGUUUCUCAUUAUCUCAGGGGGCCCAUCGCUCCUUAAUUCUUUUAACUUUUAGCACCAUAAAUGCUUUUCCCGGGUGAAUAUAAGUUGCAUAACCCUGAUUGCACUUGUUGGCUUUAGACCAAAGCACCGUAGAAAAUUCCACACACGCAUAAAUAUAUUUGCUUGUAGAUUGAACUCCUUGACCAAAUGGGCAGCUCCCACAGCACCACAAAAUGUAAAUUGAAUUUGGAAGCGUGACCUAUAUUUUGUAUUGGUUUCUUGUAUUUAUGUUAAUCGUUAUAGACAAGAUU